UACUCCUCGUACGGAAGAGACGCUCUUCUCGGUCGGUCGCCUGUCGGAAGGUGUGUGUUGAUAUAUCGUACCUCGCGAUUGCAUUCGUGAUCAAGUAUUGUGUUCUGCAAAUUCCAAGUGCGAUCAGUAGCGAUCCAUUGUUCGGCUUAGGCUUUAACGUUACGAAAUUCGCGUACCUCAUAGCGCUCGAGACACUCCGCGGACUGAAGGAAGUGAUCGUUAAAAUUUACCUUGCCAGAAUCGCCGUGUGUGUGUGUGUUCGAUAAAUAAAUUAGCAAAACAUUAACCUCCGCAAGCUAAAGAUACUUCGUUUCACGUGCCUGCGUGUAUUGUGGUUGUGUGGAAUCGAGUGUGCGUGUGUGUUUAGGUUUUGUGUGUAGCUUCCAACAAUGUCCAAGUCCCGAUCGCCGGCUACAACCACCGUACCGGAGCCCGAACAUGAGGCCUUCGUACGCAGCAAACCGGAACCGAUUCCGUUCCGACGAUUCCUGUACAACUCGAACGAGGGUACGGUACUCGGUCGCACUGCAACGUCCUGGGCCAAGAUCGGCAUCUUCUACAUCGUCUUCUACAGCGUACUAGCGGCGCUUGUCGCCGUCUGCAUGUGGGUCUUCUUCCAGACGCUGGAUCCCCGCAUUCCCAAAUGGCAGAUGGGCCAGUCGCUGAUCGGAACCAAUCCAGGAUUGGGCUUCCGGCCGCUACCGUCGGAGGAUAAUGUCGAGAGCACGCUGAUCUGGUACAAGGGCACGGACGAGAAGAACUACAAGAUGUGGACGGAUGCGUUGGACGAUUUUCUGCAAGACUACAGAACUCCCGGACAGGUUUCGGGCCGUGGUCAGAACAUCUACAACUGCGAGUACAAUCAGCCACCACCGAAGGGUAUGGUGUGCGAUGUGGACAUCAAGCAGUACGGACCGUGCACGCUGGAGAACCACUACAACUAUCACAAGAGUGCUCCGUGCAUAUUCCUGAAGCUGAACAAAAUCUACGGCUGGAUCCCGGAGUUCUACAACGAGUCGAGCAACCUGCCCUCGAACAUGCCGGCAGAUCUGAAGGAGUACAUCAAGGAGAAGGAACAGAAGGAGAGUCACACGAUGAACACUGUGUGGGUUUCGUGCGAGGGUGAAAACGCGGCCGAUAUUGAGAACAUUGGACAGAUCCAGUACUACCCGCGACGUGGAUUCCCCGGCUACUACUACCCGUACGAAAACUCGGAAGGCUAUCUGAGCCCGCUGGUUGCGGUACACUUCGAGCGCCCAGUCCGUGGAAUCAUCAUCAACGUUGAGUGCAAAGCUUGGGCCUACAACGUCCGGCACGAUAACGACAGACACGAGCGACUCGGAUCGGUGCACUUCGAGCUGAUGAUCGAUUAAGAUGGGUCAAACACCGGCCUGCCCCAUUCGGUGUUCUCCAACGGGGCAGCCCAAUGCGAUCGUGUGCGCUGCUCCCAACCAGCUAUAAGCGCAGAAGGACGGAAUCUCUACCAGCAUCGAGGAUGCUCUGUCUAGCAAAAAAUCACCAUCAUACACCAACACCAACACACCAACCUCCACCAUCUCUUCCACCUCAUCGGGCGCGUGCAUUCUUCUCGAGGCCCCCAACCCGCGUGUUGUUGAUAUGCAAAAAAGUGUGUUUGCAUACGGGGGCAAAUAUUUUUAACGAUCUUGUUAAGGGCGUCAGUUUUGUUUUAUUUAGAUCAUUAUUGUUUUCUUAUGCUGCGCUGCGUGAUUUUCGUUUGUUUUACCAUUAAGACCACCCCACUUGGAAGUGUGUGUGUGUGCGGAUGUGGUAGCGCUUUGAGAAGGCGUUAAUCUCUUCUUCAGCUUGCAUAUCGAAUCAGAAUCUUCCUACGCGCUUGGUACGCUUGUGGCAGCUUGCUAUAGAAUCUCGUUACAUCCAAAAAUGUUUCGGAAAAUUAUUCUCCUUCUUCAAAAAUCUCUAGACUACCGGGUUAGGUCUUAUUCAAGGGUGUAAGUAAGAGAACGGUUCUUGUACAUCUGUAAAUAUACGAUCGCGGGAAUAUAAGAUCACUGCACUGCUGAAUUAUGAAUAAUGCUAGAAAGUGAGCGUGCUUGAUGCGAAGCGCUUCGAAAGCUUUCCCCAUAUGAGCUGCGUUAUCUACUCGUUCAUGUUGUCCUACUGCCAGUUGAGCAAUAAUAAGCGAACUAAAUCCAACAUCCAACUACUACUGUUCUUAACUGCACGACACAGCAAAACCUCUGAUGACGUGAUUCAACUCUCGUUCUAGUAUUACUGUUGUGGGUUCGUUCGAAUACAGGAGACAGACAACAAAACUGCUCAGCAAAUUCAUCCCGUUCCAUGAAAUAGCCAAAACUCCAAUCAACUUCUUUAACAGUCUUUCGUUAACAACCUAAGCGCACGCCGGUGUGCCAGAUACAAAACAAAUGAUCUAAGGGAACAAAUCUUUGUAUGAAUAGUAAUAGGCAGAAGAAGCAUUAUAUUUAAUUGUGGAAAGUAGGUCGUAAUCUCCCAAAAGCGCCACCGAAAACAGUACACAGCAAGUCCGGUUAACGUAAACCUAGCAAUAGCCUAGAAUUUUGGAUGUCUUUUACGUCACGACGACCAUCGGUUACUGUACACUCAAAAACUCAAGUGCCAACCAGUAGAAAACGUAUCUUUACAAGCAGAAAACGGAACCGUAUUCGUUACAACCAAAUUUUUCAAACUAACAGAAAGCUAAAACAACGUAAUCGCAGUUUCCGUUCGUUGCCGCUAAGAUGGCGCUGCUAUCCCGAAGCACAACAGCUUUGGCAGGGUACGUCAACCAAACAAUCAAAUUCACCUGCACGUGCACGGAAGAUAUUCAGAGAAGUGUGACAUUUUCUAAACUUUUAUUCUAUUUCUUGUUGAAAACAAAACUAGGUAGCUGUUUUUAUGCUAAUAUUGCACCACUUUUAAAAAGUUUUCUUUUUUUCAUUUGUCUGUCAUCAUAACACUUUGUUUCUUCCUUAAAGGCGUUGAAACUCGUGCUCCAUCACACAAUCUAGCUAGGCAAAACGUGCAUUUUACUACCAUCCCACUGAUCGAUUACCAUCACAAGGUCUUAGUUUUUAUCGAAAAACUGUAAAAAUACGAUCAUCCACUUUCUCCAAGCUUCUUCUUCCCCAAAUGUAGAAUAGUGUUGUACAGAAUAGUUCCCUCGGUGUGUCCCUCCGUUAAUGUAUUGCACAAAAGCGCAUUUUCGUGUGAGUGUGCGUGUUCGUGUGUGUGUGUGUGUUUGCACAAGCAGAAGAAUGUUAUUUUACCUUUUUUUAAAUUUUAUCAACGCGCCCAACACCUAAAAAAACACGCGCUAAACUUCAAACCUUAUAUCGCUAUAAAUUAUUCUCGCAAGAAUCUCUCUUGACCAACUUUUGUCACCAUUCGUCCAAGGAAUCUAAAUUCCGCACUAAUUUUACUGUUGUUUGUUUGUGAAAAUUAUGCAAAACAAAAACUAUUUACUAUAUCCAAUAUCUAUCACUCGCGAUCGCGAAACAAAAAGGAAAAAGCGACAUUAAAUCAUGUUACAAUGUUAAGAGAAGGGGCUCGAGAAAAGCAGAUCUGAGAAGAAAACAAAAAGACAGUAGCAUGGUAAAGUGGCGUUCAAAGGAUGCAGAAAGCAAGAACCAAGUUAGGUAGCAGAAAUGGAAAAGGAAACGAACAUCAUCAUCAUAAUCAUUGGGCGUCCUCUUCGCUUCACCCACCAAUCGCGAUGCUGCGGAAGGAGAAAUGCAUAGAGGAGAAAGAACAUUUUUAAAGUUUAGUAGCUUUUCCCAAUCUCUUUCGAAUCGAAUGCUUCAAACGUCAGCAAACAGUUUCUUCCCCGUAUAAAAAAUUGUCCCGUUCAGUGGCCAUCGUUUUGCCCCCUUUCGCAAGCAUUGAGCUAUAGAUAGUGCUAUAAUUGCAGAGAGAGAAAGAGAUGGAAAGAAGCUCUGUAAGAAGCGUUUUCGUGUAUCUAUAAUACCAAUCGAUCCGAAUAAAGAUUACAAAAUGGAAAGACCA